AUGGCGGCGGCGCGGGUGCUGCGACCCCCCUUCUGCCCUUUUGCGGCCCUGGACCAGCAGCCCAGGCCCCCGGGAACAGAGCUGCCCCCGAAUGGAAGUGUGGAUCUAGGUGUGGCCGUCCUUCUGCAGUCCAGCGACCGGACAGUCCUGUUGACCCGGAGAACACGCACCCUCAGAGUUUCCCCCAACCUCUGGGUACCACCAGGUGGGCACGUGGAACUUGAAGAAGAGCUGUUGGACUGCGGGCUUCGAGAGCUUUGGGAAGAGAGUGGACUACAGCUGCUCCAGGGCCAGUUCUCUUGGGUCCCUCUGGGGUUAUGGGAGUCUGCCUACCCUCCUAGGUUGAGCUGGGGUCUCCCCAAAUACCAUCACAUCGUUCUCUAUCUACUUGUGGUCUCCCAGGAGUCACAGCAGCAGCUGCAGGCCCGGAUCCAGCCAAACCCAAGUGAGGUGAGCGCCUUUCUAUGGCUGGGCCCAGAUGUAGCAGCUGCAGUGGCUGCCACAGAGGAUGGGACAGAGACACCCAGACAUCUCCCCCAGGACCUACCACCCUCUGUCCUUGCAAUGGAACUAGAGGAUGGAAGAGCUCGACCUCUGGCCUUGCCCAUGUCCACACUGCUGCAGACGACCCCAGCCACCGCAGAAGACAAAGAGAGGGUCAGCACCGGGACCAAGUUUGCGCUCGGGCUCUGGCUGCAACAUCUGGUGAAACGAGCUCAUGUGGACUCUGGGCCUGCAAAGGGAGAACAGAACAUGGACCCCCCUCCCCCAAACCAGGGACCUGGAAAGCCAAGUACAUAACCCCCUCCCCAGCCCACCUCCAUGACACAGAAGAUUCACAACCUUUAUUAUGGGUAAGAACUUUGUACA